AUGCGCCUCUCGCUUGCUGCAGUGGUAGCCCUCUCCAUUCGCCUGUGCGCUGCCGCUAUCUUUGAGAAUGUCGCGGACCUCCAACAAAGCGGGUCUUCUUUCGACUUCAUCAUUCUUGUACUUAUUCGUGCAACAGGAGGAACCUCUGGCGCCGUCCUGGCCAACCGACUUUCAGAAAACAGCGCGUUUUCAGUGUUGCUGCUCGAAGCAGGGGGGUCGUACGUGCAAUAUCUCACAACUCAUUCUUCUCUCACGUAUACCCUUCAAAGGGAUGCCGACAUCAUUAACCUCUCCGCACCGCUUCUUUGCAUUCUCGCAACGCCGUUUACUCAGCAAGAUUGGAACUUCACGACGGUCCCGCAAGCUGCCUUGAACAACCGAGUGAUUCCAUAUCCUCGGGGCUUCGUGCUCGGUGGAACCAGCUCAGUCAACUUCAUGGCCUAUACAAGAGGGUCAAAGGAAGACUUUGAUCGGUUUGCCAACCUGGUGAAUGACCAGCGAUGGUCCUGGAACUCCCUGGUUCCCUAUUGGAAGAAGAGCGAGAAGCUUACCCCGCCCGUUGACAACCAUAACACUUCGAAACAGGUGGACGCGUCAGUCCAUGGGCUGAAUGGCCUCAACUCGAUAACGGUGACCGGGUUUCCGACUGAAAUCGACAGCAAGGUCAUUGCUACGACUCAAGUCGAUUCGCAAUUCCCUUUCAAUCUUGACAUGAACUCGGGCAAUCCACUCGGUGUUGGCUGGGCACAAAUGACCGUGUUGAAUGGCCAGCGGAGCAGCGCCGCGACAUCUUACCUUGCUUCGUCUUUUGUCGCCCGCCCGAACUUGAAGAUCCUCCUCCACGCUCGCGUUACUCGUGUUCUGCCAACGGCAACAAAUGAUUUCCGCACGGUCCAGUUCCAAGAUCGCCAAGGGAACACCUUCAAUUUGACCGCCAACAAGGAGGUUAUUCUGUCCGCUGGAAGCGUCAGCACUCCUCCUAUUCUGAUGCAUUCUGGGAUCGGAGAUUUUGCCACGCUGACGUCACUCGCGAUCACCCCCUCCUUCCCCCUCACGUUCUCGGUCAACUCAAACUCGAAUGGCACUUUCGAUCCCAUCUUCCAAAACCCCACUACCUUCACCCAGUCGCUUACGCAAUGGAGUUCUGCUGGUACUGCUGGUACCGGACGGAUGGGAGCAGAACCAAUCAGCCAUAUGGCGUGGCUGCGUGUUCCGAGUACUGCGUCGAUCUUCGCAAGCGUGCCCGAUCCAGCUGCUGGAUCCAACACACCCCAUCUUGAGCUUCUGAUCACGAAUGGCUGGGUUGGUCUGCAGGCACCGCCCACAUCUGGGCAUUACAUGGGAGUUGCCGUCGCCGUUGUCUCCCCUACUUCACGUGGCACCAUCACCAUCAGCAGCAACGACCCGCUGGCGCCUCCCGUUAUCGACCCCAACUUCUUCCACUCGGAGAUCGACAAGGUCUUCAUGCGGGCCGCAGUCCGGGCCGCAUUCCGGUUCGCCUUCUCCCAGCCAUUCGCCGACUACGUCGUUGCGGCGACAACUCUGAACGGGUUUACGCUCACCAGCACCAGUUCAGACGAGGAGAUCGAUGCCUACGUGAGGCAGAACUGCGGGACUGUCUUCCACCCUGUUGGCACCGCGGCCAUGUCCCCGGUCGGGGCAGAUUACGGUGUUGUCGACCCAGAUCUGAAGGUCAAGGGCCUCACCGGGCUGAGAAUCGUCGACUUGUCGGUCAUGCCGAUAGUCCCUGCAGCGCAUACACAAGCAGCCGCUUAUGUUAUCGGUGAACGGGCAGCAGAUAUCAUCAAGGCGAGCUGGUAA